AUGCCAGUACCAAUCAAUCGUACUAAGGUCCCUGCUAGAUACUCCAUAUUACUAGUACCUACUACCGAAGUCCUCCUAACCUCCCGCGAUCGAGAAACCGGCGCGCUUUACGCAGACCUUGCAGGAUCGGAAGACUUCCUGGGCAGUCAUGUCUUGCGAAUACCGGCCAACCAUGCUGCGACCGCGGGAGGGAAGGAUGCGCCAAAUAUGCGGGAAACCCGGGGAAAGGCAAAACAAUAUACAACUGUCAAUGGAAGGACUGUCGUGAUCAAAGAUGCUUUUGUCUACAGUAAUAAGGGAUUCAAGACCUUGAACCAAGCGCAACUUUUAUCUGAUACUUUAUGGUACCCAGAUUCGCUCGAACCACGGCAAUGGCUUGUCUACUACAUAUCAAGACCUCUGGUUGGCAUAUUCGAGGAAAUCAAGAUCGCAACUGCAAUGCUAGCCCCGAGGCUCCCGGAUGGUAGGCCGAUGCUCCCACCCAGAUCGCCUUCAGUAGCGGACUCCACCUCUAUGAAUGGACUUCCUCGCAAAAAGGAUAUAAAGAGUUUCAGCGAGCUUUUAACGAAUUUUCCGAUGAUUGCGAGACAAAUGCAACCCGGAUUGGAGGCCCUCUUUAAGGAGUUCAAUCAAGUAUUUGAAAAGCAAUUACCUCCUCCUCCAUCAGCUGCGAACAUUCCAGACCCUGUCCCGGACGGGCCCAUAGCUACAGCAAUGAAGAAAGCACGGUCCAGUAGUUUCUCAAAUCCCGGUCGACCAAAUGGGCAUGUGCAACGUUAUGUCGUUGAUUUCUAUACCGAGGAUGAUGAGAAUGUCAUGCGGGGCGCUUUGGAGACCGCAGUUACGUCUGCGAUCGAUCUCUUCCAGAUGGUCGACAAGCAACAACUUUCUCUGCUUGGAGCUACGACUGAUCUUACAGGCCCAAUUGUGGAACGUUUGAUUGAUCGUUAUGUUACCGAGCAAUUGCACGAUACCAUAUUAUUUCCGAGACUAUGUACAAUGAAACGCCCCGAAGACUUGGAGUUGGAAUCUAAAAUCAGACAGAUGGAAUUUGUGGAUAUCUCACAAGUUGGUAUACCAAUUCAAGGUGGUCAUCAAGGAAAACAUGAACUCACAUUACGCCUUGGUCGUGCUGUCGAAGAAUUUCGAAAAUUGAGUGUAGCAGGAAGCCCGCAGCAGAUGAUGGAUAUUUUACUUGUAACGUUGAAAACGGUGACGCAGCUCAUUGAGAUUCCAGCGAGCACAGGGGGGCCUACUUCUUCCGAGAAAGUGAGCUCUGUUUUGACCAUCAAUGCUGAUACUCUCGUUUCGCUACUAUUAGUUGUGGUCAUAAGGGCACAGGUUAGAUACCUCCAGGCUCGCCUCCUAUAUAUGCGCCACUUCAUUUUUGUAGAUGAUGUGGAAAGUGGUGAGAUGGGAUAUGCACUAAGCACGUUUGAGGCCGUCUUAUCAUAUCUUGCAAGGGAUUCAGGAGGUCUUCGGAAAGCUAGCCGGCGGAACCACAAAUUGUGGGCAGCAACUAAGAAAGGCGACUUGAAAGAAAUGAUGAAAAUUAUGGAGCCAGAACGAGAACUCUCUUCGGACGAGGAAGAAUCUGACCACGAGGAAGCUAUCGCAGACGAGAUAAUCGAUGAGAAUAGGCCAUGGGAUAGUUCAAAUGGACAUGCCAGACGGAGAUCUUCUGGAGCCGCUGCCACGAGGCUUUCUCAAACAUCUACCCUCACUCAUGUCUUUCCUUGGCAAUAUCUACAUGACGGUGCAGAUGAAGAGCGACUACCACCGCUGCGGAGGCCUAAAACAGUCACCAUGGAUGUGCGAAGUUUAUCUAGUAGCUCCGAGAUAUCUUUCAGAUCACGCGCUACCACGAUUGACUCUACAAGUAGCGGCAUCGAAGGUGAUACGUCAAUAGAACGAUUAUCGCAAACCGAGGAUUCAUCAGGCGAAUCUGUUCCCAUGAUGGCCGUUCAACACGAGAGACCGGAAGCUCUUCAGUAUCUUUUGUCGUUACAUGACUACUAUCCGCUACGAGCUGUUCUUGAGGAUACGAAUAAUGAGGGAACAACCUUAUUGAGUGCUGCUGUGCAGUUGGGACAUACCGAACUCAUUAAUAUAAUACUUGAUUUUGUUUAUCGAGCUGCAUCAGAAUUGAUCGUCAUUGGAUAUCUUUCGCGGCAGGAUGUCAACGGCAGGAGCGUAGCUCAUUUUUUGUUCAACUAUCCGGAGCUUAUUUCGAGAGUCGGGCGUUUAUUGCCCUGGAGGCAGAAAGAUAAGAAUGGCCAAACGCCACUUUUUGCGUUAUGCAGAUCAUACGAUCAUGGACGCUAUAGACCCAUGGUAGAGGCAGCAAUUGCUGCAGCUACGGCUUAUCAGGGAGAUGGUCAACCUUUACACUUAGACGAUCAUGUUGAUUUGAAGGGCAACACGCUCUUACACAUUGUCAACGAUCCUCAAAUAGCAUUACAACUUCUUUCUCAUUGCGACUCUGAUGUUAACGCGACCAACGAGAAGAAAUUCACACCACUCAUGGUAGCUAGCAAAUAUGGUAGACUAGAAAUGGUUCGAGCUCUAUUUUCGGAUCCUAGAGUAGACCUUUUUGCUAAGGAACUUCGUGGCUUGACAGCGGUUGAGCUUGCCAAAGAUGAUGACGUACGGAAUAGAAUUGACGAUUUAAUUUUAUUCUCAGGGUUACCAGCCACUGAUGGAAGGAUCACGGCUGUAGUUAGAUCAUUUUUCGUUGAGGAUGCAACUAUUCGAUUGGUACUCAAAUCUGGCGCACCCUCGGGGCCUCAAAACUUUACCGUCACCACUUGUCGACGUUCGCUGUCCGACUUUGAACAUCUAGCAAAAUUACUCACUUUAGAAAACCCAGCUUCGUGGCUGCCAUCUAUAUCAGGGAUGAGGUCACCUUUUCAAAUUCCUUCAAAGCCUUCGAGGGCUGUUCUAAGAGAUAUCCAAGUCCAUCUUGAUGCAUUUUUGAAGAUUCUACUAGCACAUACAACCUUUUCAACACAUGAGAUGUUAUGGGAAUUCUUUCUGGUACCAGAUAUACAGGCAGAGAUGAUGGAGCAAAGGUCUAAGCUGAAGGCUGAGGCAAGGGUAGAAACAGUAAGGGAAGAAUAUCAGCCAAUCGGUGAUGUUCGCGAUGUCGAGCAAUUCGUAGAUCAUGCAAGAGAUAUGGUCCGAAGUGUCAACUACUCUACCAAGAGUGUAGCACGUAGGGCCAAUAUGGUGGCGAUUGUCACCACGGAUCUUUACGAUGCUUAUAAGCUUUCCACUCGCGCAAUUUCUACCCUUACGUUCCUUCCUCAAACUCAUAUAUCUGCUCUUGAAGCUUAUACCCAAACACUUGCUCCAUCAUCCACUUCCCCAUAUUCUACCUUCCAUACAACUAUCCUUUCAAUCCACAGCACCAUAAUCGCCAUGCUUCUUUCUCUCUCGCGUCCCACCUCACUCAUAUCAUCGAUCACUACAUCCCGCAAAUCUAUCGAACGUUCCUACAACUCCCUUUCUCGAUCAACUCGUUGGCCACUAGGUCUUCUUGAUGAAACUCGGCAACGUUUAAACGAAGAAAAGGAAGACAAAGUCCGAAGAACAAAGGAAGAAGUCGAGGAAACUGGAAGGGAACUAAGAUACACACAACAGGUCGUCGCAGCAGAGCUGGCUGGUUGGCAAGAUUUACAUGAGAAAAUGGGGAGGAAAGCCGUGAAGGAUUUGGCGCAAGCAAUGCUUGUUAGGGAACGUACGACAUUGGAGGGGCUAAGAAGGGCGGUUAGAAGAUUGAAGGUUGGGGAAGAAAGGAUUAUAGAUGUUGGAAUGGAGGAAAGUGAAGAUGAGGACGAGGUUGGGGAGACGGAGGCGAGUGGUAGUCAUAUUGAAAGUAUCGUUAUGUAG